UUUAACCCUUUAUUUACUUCUUGGGGCUGGGAUUCUGAGGAAGGCUAGCCAGUUACUUCUUUAUUCCAUAGACAGGGAAAUAGAACAGGCCUCCCUCACCCAGACCUAAAAUAAGCUCUCGAAUCCUUUCACGAAGACAUUUCCUCUUUUUUGCAAAUUUUCUGGAAAGUCUGGAAUCCAGAUACCCACCCUCCGAGUCCUUAAAAAGCUGUCCCUGAUCCCGAGGCCUUCUGGGGCUGGUAUCCUGCUUCCUGGGAGAUAAAGUCUUCCUGUUCCUUUUCUCAAUAUGGAAGCAGGAUAACCAGGAAAGGUGAGGCACGUCUGGAACUAGAACGCGGGUCUAAGCCAAGAGGGGUGGGCGGAGUAAUCAAGCCGGUCUCAUCCGGCACUUUAACCAUCGCCCUUUUAAGGGGGAGCCGAGGGACACCAGCGGGUACCGGUACCAGUCCUGCCUCCCUAACCCGUCCCAGUGGGACGGCGUCGUGGUCUGUGCGGUGUCUUCCAAACCACUACCUGGCUGCCCGCGUACCAGCUGCUGGGAAAGACCACUUCCUCCGAGUUGUGCCGGCCUCCGCGUUCUUCUCCCGUCCCCUCUCUGCCGGGCCUCCGCCCCCUCGCGGAGAGGCCUUGCCGCUUUAAGAGCCGGGCUAGCGAUUGACAAGCAAUAAACGGUGAGCGCCCGGCUGCGCUGGAGCUGCGCGGAGCUAGGGGCUCCCCGGGGCGCAGGUAGGCGUCCCCCGGCCCCCUGGCCACCACCCACCCCAAGACCUCCGCCUCCUUUUCGUCCUGGCACGGCACUUAGGACCCUAUUCACUGGGUUUAAACUCCACAGGCCCCUUUCACCCAGGCCCGUUCCCUCCCUCUCCACCCGCCCCCGCCCCUGGGCCCUCUUUCUGGGGUGCUAGUUGGGAGAACCAAGGCCCGCUGCCCAUUGACAUUGGUCCGCGCCCCUGCGGUAGGGGCUCCAAACCUCUUCAGGCACCAAGGGAAGGAGGACUUCUGGAGUCAAGAGUCUCUGACCUUAUGAGGGAGAGCAGCAGCAGCCAGAAGGCUCCAGGAGAGACGUUUCAGAGUCCUUGCCUCCUUCACCAUGCCGGUUGCCGCCACCAACUCUGAGUCUGCCAUGCAGCAAGUCCUGGACAACUUGGGAUCCCUCCCGAAUGCCACGGGGGCUGCAGAGCUGGACCUGAUCUUCCUUCGAGGCAUUAUGGAAAGUCCCAUAGUAAGAUCCCUGGCCAAGGCCCAUGAGAGGCUGGAGGAGACGAAGCUGGAGGCGGUGAGAGACAACAACCUGGAGCUGGUGCAGGAGAUCCUGCGGGACCUGGCACAGCUGGCUGAGCAGAGCAGCACUGCUGCCGAGCUGGCCCACAUCCUCCAGGAGCCCCACUUCCAGUCCCUCCUGGAGACGCAUGACUCUGUGGCCUCAAAGACCUAUGAGACACCGCCCCCCAGCCCUGGCCUGGACCCUACAUUCAGCAACCAGCCCGUACCUCCCGACGCCGUGCGCAUGGUGGGCAUCCGAAAGACAGCCGGAGAACAUCUGGGUGUAACGUUCCGCGUGGAGGGCGGCGAGCUGGUGAUCGCACGCAUCCUGCAUGGGGGCAUGGUGGCUCAGCAAGGCCUGCUGCAUGUGGGUGACAUCAUCAAGGAGGUGAACGGGCAGCCAGUGGGCAGUGACCCCCGUGCACUGCAGGAGCUCCUGCGCAAUGCCAGUGGCAGUGUCAUCCUCAAGAUCCUGCCCAGCUACCAGGAGCCCCAUCUGCCCCGCCAGGUAUUUGUGAAAUGUCACUUUGACUAUGACCCGGCCCGAGACAGCCUCAUCCCCUGCAAGGAAGCAGGCCUGCGCUUCAACGCUGGGGACUUGCUCCAGAUCGUAAACCAGGAUGAUGCCAACUGGUGGCAGGCAUGCCAUGUUGAAGGGGGCAGUGCUGGGCUCAUCCCCAGCCAGCUGCUGGAGGAGAAGCGGAAAGCGUUUGUCAAGAGGGACCUGGAGUUGACACCAAACUCAGGGACCCUAUGCGGCAGCCUUUCAGGAAAGAAAAAGAAGCGAAUGAUGUAUUUGACCACCAAGAAUGCAGAGUUUGACCGUCAUGAGCUGCUCAUUUAUGAGGAGGUGGCCCGCAUGCCCCCGUUCCGCCGGAAAACCCUGGUGCUGAUUGGGGCUCAGGGCGUGGGACGGCGCAGCCUGAAGAACAAGCUCAUCAUGUGGGAUCCAGAUCGCUAUGGCACCACGGUGCCCUACACCUCCCGGCGGCCCAAAGACUCAGAGAGGGAAGGUCAGGGUUACAGCUUUGUGUCCCGUGGGGAGAUGGAGGCUGACAUCCGUGCUGGGCGCUACCUGGAACAUGGCGAAUACGAGGGCAACCUGUAUGGCACACGUAUUGACUCCAUCCGGGGCGUGGUCGCUGCCGGGAAGGUGUGCGUGCUGGACGUCAACCCCCAGGCGGUGAAGGUGCUACGAACGGCCGAGUUUGUCCCUUACGUGGUGUUCAUCGAGGCCCCAGACUUCGAGACCCUGCGGGCCAUGAACAGGGCCGCGCUGGAGAGUGGAGUGUCCACCAAGCAGCUCACGGAGGCGGACCUGAGACGGACAGUGGAAGAGAGCAGCCGCAUCCAGAGGGGCUACGGGCACUACUUUGACCUCUGCCUGGUCAAUAGCAACCUGGAGAGGACCUUCCGCGAGCUCCAGGCGGCCAUGGAGAAGCUACGGACAGAGCCCCAGUGGGUGCCUGUCAGCUGGGUGUACUGAGCCUGUUCACCUGGUCCUCAGCCCACUCUGUGUUGAAACCCAGAACCUGAAUCCAUCCCAUUCCUGACCUGUGACCCCCUGCCACAAUCCUUAGCCCCUAUAUCUGGCUCUCCUUGGGUAAUAGCUCCCAGCAGGCCCUAAGUCUGGCUUCAGCACAGAGGUGUGCACUGCCAGGGAGGUGGGCAUUCAUGGGGUACCCUGUGCCCAGGUGCUGCCCACUCCCAAUGCCCAUUGGCCACCAGAUAUCUCUGAGGGCCAAGCCAUGCCCAGGAAUGUGUCAGAGUCACCUCCAUAAUGGUCAGUACAGAGAAGAUAAAAGCUGCUUUGGGACCACAUGGUCAGUAGGUACACUGCCCCUUGCCACCCCUCCCCAGUCACACUCCUCUGGACUGGCCACACCCACCCCAUUCCUGGACUCCUUCCACCUCUCACCUCCGUGUCGCAGGAGCAGGCCUUGGGCUGUUUCCAUGUGGCCAGGGGAAUGCAUGUCCCACUGGCAGCCAGACAGGCCUGGGUGGUGGUGCCAGCCUGGUGCCAUCUUGAAGGCUGGAGGAGUCAGAGUGAGAGCCAGUGGCCACAGCUGCAGAGCACUGUAGCUCCCAGUUCCCUCAGAAAGGGGCAGGGCCACAGGGCAGAUGCUGCUCGGUCCCUCCCUCAUCCACAGCUUCUCACUGCCGAAGUUUUUCCAGAUUUUUCCAAUGUGUCCUGACACGUCAGCCCUGCUCCCCACAGGGCCAAGCUGGCAGGGGUCAGUGGGCUCAGCCCAGGUAGGCGCAGGAUGGAGGGCUGAGCCCUGUGACAACCUGCUGCUACCAACUGAAGAGCCCCAAGCUCUCCAUGGCCCACAGCAGGCACAGGUCCGGGUUCUGUGUCCUUGACCUUGGUCCAUUUUGGUUUUUUCUCUAGCCAGGUCCAGGUAACCCACUUGCGUCAGGGUUGCCGGGUUGGAGGGGCUGAGGAGGAGUUCAGAGGGGACCUUGGGAGCCUGGGCUUGAAGGACAGUUGCCCACCAGGAGGUUCCUCACACACAACUCCAGGGGGCGCCAUUUACACUGCACAGCCUGUGGUUCCAUGUGCAUGCUUGGCGCCUGUCUGUGCCUCUGGCACUGGGGUGUGUGUAUAUGUAUGUGCGUGUGUGCGUGUGUGUGUGUGUCAGGUUUAGUUUGGCGAGGAAGCAAAGGAUUGUUUUGUUUUGGAGGUCUCUCUUUGGGGCCCCUUUCUGGGGGUUCCCCAUCAGCCCUCAUUUCUUAUAAUACCCUGAUCCCAGACUCCGAAGCCCUGGUCCUUUCCUGAUGUUUUCUCCCUUGUCCUAUUGUCCCUCUACCCUAAAUGCCCCCCUGCCGUAACUUGGGGAGGGCAGUUUUGUAAAAUAGGAGACUCCCUUUAAGAAAGAAUGCUGUCCUAGAUGUAUUUGGGCAUCUCAUCCUUCAUUGUUCUCUGCAUUCCUUCCGGGGUGAGCCUGUCCUCAGAGGAGACAACCUGGGACACCCCAAGUCCAAACCCCUGUGCCUCCCAGUUCUUCCAAGUGUCUAACUAGUCUUCUCUGCAGCGUCAGCCAAAGCUGGCCCCUGAACCACUGUGUGCCCAUUUCCUUGGGAAGGGGAAGGAGAAUAAACAGAAUAUUUAUUACAAAUGUUAGAAUAUAUUUCUUAUACUAGGAAUCUCAUUUGCAUUUGCAUAGAGUAUACACAUGGGGUGGAAAGGCCAGGCCUGCCCCCAUCUCGUUGGUGUGCCUCUGCAUAUACUACGCACUCAUCUUCCUGCUCCUCUUUUCCCUUGAUCAGUGUCCUUUCAUCCUAGUUCAGCUGUCCCUUGCAUCACCCUCGGCCUAAGGGAGUGGGAAGGAAAUGGGGUGUUUUCCUGCUGACUUGAGGCUAUGGGGUCACUUGCCACUUCCUACCUUCCCUGGGGGACUUGAGGGUAGAGGCGACUUGAGGGUAGAGGCAGGAGAAGAUUUGUUGUUGCAGCUGCCUCUGCCGCCUUGGUCCAAAUGACCAUCAUUUCUGAUGGAGAUGGGUUGGGUACGUGGCCCUCAUGGCACCCUCACUGCUAGUGAUGCCAAGGGGCAGGCCUGGAGCCCUUCCCUCCUGUCUCUUCUCAGUCCUUCCUCUCUGAACAGCCUCCUACCUCCCCUGCCUGAGCCCCACUCCACAGCCCUCCCAGGUACCUAUCAAGUGGGAGCAGAGGCUGUCAGUCCUUGGUUCACCUGGGACAGGGCUGGGGCUGGGUUGGAACAGGUGUGUGUGCCCACCACAUUAGCUCUGUGACUCUUCUCCCUCCCUGCCAUUGUGGACUCUUGUAUUUGAGGGACCUCAGGAGAGUGAGGACCCUACCAUCCACUGUCCAUGUUCAGUCCCAGCCCCAGUGCCCUUCCUCUGUCCCCUCCCUCAGCCAUCCAAUUCUUGAGUUUUCUCACUGACUGGUUUUUUAUUUUCCUUGGAUUAAAUGUGAAAGCAAAGG